CGGGGAGCUCGGGGGGCUUUGGGCGGCGCCCGGCCCGGCCCGGCCCGGUUCUCCGGAGUCGUUGCACUGAAGCCUCUGCAGAAAAGCGCCUCCAUUGCAAGCCUCCCCUGAAUUGCAGGGCCGGGCUCAAGCCGGGAAGCGGCCCGGAGAGCUGAGCGGGGCGCUCGGGAGGGCGUUAAUUCCGAGGGGCGCCAUAGGUGGGCAGCGACUCGCCCGCGCACGGCGCCCUCCCCGGCCGCUCGGCGCUUCGGCUCUGCCGCUCAGGCGUUCGGGGCAGCCUCCCCUGCCCGCUCGGCCUCCCCGCCCCCUCCGGCCGGCUUCCCUGCGAGGCACCGGGCGGCGAGGCAGGCGCUGGGGCGAGCGCCCGCCGGCCGAGCAUGAAGAUGGCAGCGGAGGAGCCCCAAGCCAAGAAGCCCAAACGGGAGGCCGCCCGCCUCAGUGAAAAUAUGCUUUUUGGAAUGGGAAAUCCUCUCCUUGAUAUCUGUGCAGUAGUGGACAAGGACUUCCUUGACAAAUAUGGACUGAAGCCAAAUGACCAAAUCUUGGCAGAAGAGAAACAUAAAGAGCUAUUUGAAGAACUUGUGAAAAAAUUCAAAGUAGAAUAUCAUGCUGGCGGAUCUACUCAGAAUUCCGUUAAAGUGGCCCAGUGGAUGAUCCAGAGCCCUUAUAAAGUGGCAACGUUUUUUGGGUGCAUUGGAACAGACAAAUUUGGUGAGAUUCUAAAGAAGAAAGCCGAAGAAGCCCACGUGGAUGCUCAUUAUUAUGAACAGAGUGAACAGCCAACUGGAACCUGUGCUGCCUGCAUCACAAGUGACAACAGGUCUCUUGUUGCUAACCUCGCUGCUGCUAAUUGCUAUAAGAAGGAAAAGCAUCUUGACCUGGAUAAGAACUGGAAGUUGGUGGAAAAGGCUAAAGUUUAUUACAUUGCAGGUUUCUUUUUGACUGUGUCACCAGAAGCUGUGCUGAAAGUGGCCACUCAGGCUUCGGCAAACAACAAGGUCUUCAGUUUAAACCUUUCUGCACCAUUCAUUAGCCAGUUCUACAAGGAGCCAAUGAUGAAAGUUAUGCCUUAUGUGGACAUCCUCUUCGGGAAUGAGACGGAAGCCGCCACUUUUGCUAGAGAGCAAGGCUUUGAGACCGAAGACAUUAAAGAGAUUGCCCGAAAGGCACAAGCCCUACCAAAAGCCAACCUUAAAAGACAGCGAAUUGUUGUCUUCACCCAAGGGAAGGAUUAUACAGUCAUGGCCACAGAUACUGAUGUGCAAACUUUCCCUGUCUUAAUCAGUGACCAAAGUGAGAUUGUGGACACCAAUGGAGCUGGAGAUGCGUUUGUAGGAGGUUUCCUCUCUCAACUCGUGUAUGACCGGCCGCUGACGGAGUGUAUCCGUGCCGGACACUAUGCCGCCAGUGUGAUCAUAAAGCGUUCUGGCUGUACCUUCCCAGAGAAGCCUGACUUCCACUGAUAUUAGGCCACCCAAGGGAUCAAGAAGAGGCCUCUCUGCCUCGUCCGCAUUCUCCCCCUUCCUAGUUAUCCUGCAUUGAGGCUUCUGUACUUCUAUUCACAUUUAUCUUUCACGAAUCUCUGUGCUGAUGGCCCUUUCCCUCUUCCAGACAAAACAGUGACUUGCAUGUGUUAAAUUAGAGGUCGCACUACCAGGUGAUGCUCCAUUCACCCCCCGCCCCUGUACUUUGUAUUCCUCCCCCCACCCCUGAACAGUUUUCAGGAGUAGAAAUAUAUGAAAAAAUACCCCAGCUCUGGUCUAGCAAUGCUCCGUAGUAUAUUCAGUCAUGAGCAGUUUUUCUUGCCAAAUCCAGGCGAGAAAUAAUUAAGUUUAAUCGGUAUAAGUUAAUAUUAUACUAGUUUGAAAACCAGUGACAUUUUUGCAAAUUUGUAUCCAUAUUUUCCCUCUGAUUAUCUUACAUUCGCAUACACGCUGGGCUCAGUCUUUCUUCCAUUGCAGUAAAUAGGAAUUUGCCCAUGAGCCUCAUCUGAGGUCUUGUGGCCUGAAGGCAUCUAACCAGCUUCAUAAAAUGUUGGCUGAGGCCUCACUGUGUGCAUCUGUCAGGAUGAGGCUCUUUGGUCUCUGUUCCCCUAGGGCAGAACCAGGAUAUUUUUGGAGUGUAAGCGGAGCCCAGAAUAGGACACACUCUCUUGUCUUGGUGGACUUGAGGGUUGCAUCUCAAAGGAUACAUGCUUGUGAAAAUGAAGUACAGAAAUAAUCAUGCAGGCGAUCUCAGCAGGAUAUGCCAAAAUGGAAUCUUGGACUUCAACGCACAGUUUUAAGACAAUGUAUUUCGUAUAAGUAAGAAAUCUUCUCAAUUUUAUUUGUAGUACAGUAUUCAAGGGAGAUGUUCUGAAAAUGCCAUUCAUUUACUUUAGUAUGUAAUUUGAUACUGAUAAAUAAAACAAUUGUGAUACAGAA